UUUCGGGUCGCGGCGGCGGGGCCGGAGGCGGUCAGGUGGACACAGCCUGGCCGCAGGCCUGCGCGCCGCCGCUCUCUUCUGGGGCCCGCUCAGGCUCUGCCGCCGCGCGCCAUCCCGGUGGCGAUGUCCCGAGGGCGGCAGCGGGGGCUGUUGGCCUGCCGGGUGCUGAGUGCCGCGGGAGGUGCCGGGCCGGUCCCCUUGGCCGGAUGGAGCCCUGUGUCGCGGAGCCCCGCGCUGAAGCCUCCCGCCCAGACAGGUGGCAUCCAGGAGAAAGAUGUCUUGCACCUUCUCCAGAUAAUGAAACACUUUGUGAAGCAAGCAUAAAAUCAAUCACAGUGGAUGAAAAUGGGAGAUCAUUUGCUGUUGUGUUAUACUCAGAUCUUCAAGAAAGGAAAAUACCUCUUAAAAGACUUCAAGAAGUAAAAUCUGUUAAAGAUUGCCCCAGGAAUUUUAUAUUUGAUGAUGAAGAUUUGGAAAAGCCGUAUUUCCCAGGUCGAAAAUUUCCAUCAUCAUCUGCUAUUGCUUUUAAAUUAUCUGAAGAAGGAGACUCCAUCCCUUACACUAUUAAUAGGUACUUGAGAGACUACCAAAGAGAAGGAACGCAGUUUCUCUAUGGACACUACAGACAAGGAAGAGGGUGUAUUCUCGGUGACGACAUGGGACUUGGAAAAACAGUACAGGUUAUUUCAUUUCUGGCUGCAGUUUUACGUAAAAAGGGAACUCGUGAGGAUAUUGAAAAUAACAUGCCAGAGUUUUUACUAAGAAGUAUGAAAAAGGAACCCCCUUCUUCUAUGACAAAAAAGAUGUUCUUAAUAGUCGCCCCUCUGUCUGUCCUCUAUAACUGGAAAGAUGAAUUGGACACCUGGGGAUAUUUCAGAGUCACUGUUUUACACGGUAACAGAAAGGACAGUGAACUGAUGCGUAUAAAGCAGAGGAAGUGUGAAGUUGCACUGACCACUUACGAGACACUACGCUUAUGUCUGGAUGAACUGAACAGUUUGGAGUGGUCUGCCAUCAUUGUGGAUGAGGCUCACAGAAUCAAGAACCCCAAGGCCAGAGUGACAGAAGUCAUGAAAGCAUUGAAGUGUAACGUCCGCAUUGGCCUCACCGGAACCAUUCUUCAGAACAACAUGAAGGAACUGUGGUGUGUGAUGGACUGGGCUGUGCCAGGACUUUUAGGUAGUAGGAUCCACUUCAAGAAGCAGUUCUCUGACCCAGUGGAACACGGUCAGAGACACACGGCGACAAAACGGGAGCUGGCCACUGGCCGGAAGGCCAUGCGGAGGCUCGCAGGAAGGCUGUCAGGCAGCUUCCUCCGGCGGACCAAGACUCUCAUCAAGGACCAGCUGCCUAGGAAGGAAGACCGGAUGGUGUAUUGUUCUCUGACAGAGUUCCAGAAAGCUGUCUAUCAAACAGUGUUAGAAACCGAAGAUGUGACUUUGAUACUUCAGUCUUCUAAGCCUUGCACCUGCAACAGUGGCCGAAAAAGGAGAAGUUGUUGUUAUAAGACCAAUUCCCGCGGUGAGGCAGUGAAGACCUUGUGCCUCAGCUACCUCAUGGUCCUUCAGAAGGUGGCCAAUCACGUGGCCCUGCUGCAGGCUGCUAGCACCUCCAAACAGGAGACACUUAUCAAAAGGAUAUGUGAUCAAGUAUUUUCAAAAUUCCCAGAUUUUGUGCAGAAAAGCAAAGAUGCAGCCUUUGAAACACUUUCUGACCCUAAAUACAGCGGGAAGAUGAAGGUCCUUCAGCAGCUUCUAACUCACUGCAGGAGAAACAGGGAUAAAGUUCUCCUCUUCUCCUUCUCCACCAAGUUGCUUGAUGUGCUGCAGCAGUACUGCAUGGCGUCUGGCCUUGAUUACCGCCGGCUUGACGGAAGUACAAAGUCCGAGGAGAGGCUCAAGAUCGUCAAAGAGUUCAACAGCACACAGGAUGUUAACAUCUGCCUUGUCUCUACAAUGGCUGGUGGACUAGGCCUUAAUUUUGUUGGUGCCAAUGUUGUCAUAUUAUUUGAUCCUACUUGGAAUCCAGCCAAUGAUCUCCAAGCUAUUGACAGAGCAUAUAGGAUUGGACAAUGCAGAGAUGUUAAAGUGCUCAGGCUGAUAUCCUUGGGGACUGUGGAAGAGAUCAUGUACUUACGGCAGUUGUACAAGCAGCAACUUCACUGUGUGGUAGUUGGAAGUGAAAAUGCCAAGCGAUACUUUGAAGCAGUCCAAGGAUCAAAAGAGCAUCAAGGAGAGCUUUUCGGAAUCUGUAACCUCUUCAAGCUGAGAUCCCAGGGAUCCUGUCUCACGAGGGACAUCCUGGAGAGAGAAGGCCAAGUGGAAGCAGGGAUCAUGACAGCUACAACGUGGUUGAAGGAGGGACCUCCAGCACACAACCUAGAAACAUCUAAAGAGCCUGUCAGUCAAGAAGCCAGAGGCCCAGAGCGAGCUGCGGAGCCAGCCAAGGAGGCAUGGGAGCUCUACAGCGACUUCAGUGAGGAUGAGUCAGGGGGGACCUCGAGAGCAAAGACUGCAGUAAGCAAAGCAUCGGAUUCAAGCAAAGCUCCUGGUCCUCCAGGACAGCUUACCUUACUCCAGUGUGGCUUCUCUAAACUGCUGGAGACCAAGCGUGCAGCAGUCGAGGAUAGCGAUGGCAGUAGCGCCUCUGAUGAUGAAAGCUCUGAUGAGCACGAGCAGCCCGCGAACCUUUCAGCAGAAGCCAAAGAGGCGGGUUGUCAGAGGAGCCAGGACCCCCUCGGUGCUUCACAGCAUCCCAGGUUAGAUGACGUCGUGAACCCAAAUGAAAAGUCUACUUUUGAUAAAAAUGAGAAGACUUUAGCACAGAGUGUUUCUUCUGAGUCUGAUGAUGAGAAGAACAUUAAAAACACUGCACAUCAUUGCAUUUUACAGAAUGUCACAGAAUCGGAAGAUAGUGAUGUCAUCCUUCCCACACAGUACACAGCUCAGAAUAAGCCAGCCUUGGAUGGAUCUGAAGAUUCGGAAACAGAAAGUCCUAUAAAAAUAAGAAACAGUGGUGGUGGUAAGACUGGUGACAGCGGAAAUGGGCAGAUUUCAGAAACAUCAGAUCCUGAGGACAUGACACUGACAUCUGUUAUGAAAAGAAAAGGCCCUGGUGAUGUCAGUGACGAAUCUGAUGACAUUGAAAUUUCCCCCAAGUCAAGAGUAAGAAAGCAAAGAGCAUCAAGGCCUAGGAGAAAAAAGGAAAUCAAAAGAGAACUUUACAAUUCCACUAACUCCACAAAGAAAGCAACCCGACUGCGUACUGUGCGUGAGGAUAGUAACUCCCAGCUUAUUGAUGAUUUCUCAUCCUCUGAUGAUGAUUCACCUGUCAGUCCCUUCAGUUUCUCUAAACAGAGUCACAGAGCAAAAACUAUGAAAGAUAGAAUCAGUCUCUCUUCAAAACUGCCUGGGCAUUGUAAGAAAAAUAGCACUUUCACACCAAGGGAACUUCCAAAUGAGAAUGAUAUCGAUCAAAAGCAGAUGUGCGAAUCAAUGGAUAAAUUUCUAGAUGGUGUUCAGGAAGUGGCUUACAUUCACUCAAACCAGAAUGUGAUUGGAUCCAGCAAAGCUGAAAAUCACAUGAGUCGAUGGGCAGCACGGGAUGUGUUUGAGCUGAAGCAGUUUUCCCAGCUUCCUGCCAACAUAGCCGUUUGCAGUUCUAAGACAUGUGAAGAAAAAGUGACUGCAGAGAGAGACCAGCCACCAAGUGAAGGAGGCGUUUCGUUUCCUCUGUACGUUCCACACCCCGUGAGCCAGAAGAAGAAAAGGGUCUACCGGACAGAGCAGACCACCUUCAUAAUCGGAGAGACGCCAAGAGGAAUCCGCAGAAAACAAUUUGAAGAAAUGGCCUCUUACUUUCACCUGUCUUCUGUAAAGGAAUUUGCGAGACAGAUAACUAGUGCCACAUCAGAAGAGCGGCGGGAAAUGCUCGAAGACUUUUAUGCUUCUCAAUACCCAGAAGUGAAAGGAUUUUUUACAGCAGGUGCUGCUUCAGAAUCCAUCAAAUCCGCCAGCGUCAGGAGUAAAUCCCAAAAAGGAGAAUCUCGCAUCAGAGGAAGGUUGUCAGAUUCUGAAGCCUUGACAUUUAAAGAGUCAACCAACAGCAUUUCUCACACCUGCAGCCCAGCAACCCGUAAGGGAAAAUCAAUUCAGUUUCCCAGUCACAGUUCCUGCCAAGAAGAAGCGCUUCCUAGUGAUGCAGGAACUCUUGGCUCUACCCAAGGGGUUGAUGAUGGGAAACACAGCCACGCAUCCAAAGGUGCCGGGACAUCCAGUUCCCUGGACGGAAACUCCAAGGGGCAGGAGAGGAGGUUGGCAAAUGCCGGGAAAGACCAACAGGGCACCAGCGAGGCGGGCGUUUCAAGAAGCAGGUUGCGCUGCAAACCGGAAAGCAAGAAGACAGAAAGCCCCGGUGCAGAGGACGCCUCUGUGGCAGGCCUACUGGGCGACACCUCUAUUCUUGAGGACCUCUUUAAAACGCCCAGGAGCGGCCCCACACGACUGCCCAGGAAAGCCCUUUCAGGGCCUGUGGAGAAAGCAAAGCAGCGGCCCAAGGAUUUCUGGGACAUCUUGAAUGAGCAGAGUGCCGACAGCCUCAGUAAAUUCACCGACUUGGCCGUCAUCGAGACCCUGUGUGAAAAAGCCCCCUCCAGGAGCAGAGGGGAGCAAGAAACGUCUCUCUGGAAGUCCAAUGAGAAGUUUUUGUGGAAGACAUUCCAAUCGAGUGACACAGAUGAGAACACAACCAACAACACGCAGAGAGGAGCAGAGGCCUGAAAACGGAGCGAUGUGCCCGUGAGCUCCAGCCACCCCUGCGCGCUCUGCCUCGGACACAGCUGUCUCCACACAAGACUCCAUUACAUUCUCGCGUUAGGAUGUUUGAAAGCCUAAAAUAUUACCGUGGCUUGUCUUCUUUGAUAUCCAUAUGGAUCUUUUAGGAAGCAACCUUGUAUUUUAUCAUAAACCUCUGUUGUGAGAUGAGAAAGAUUCUAGAUGUGUUAUCGGAAGGCCUGGAACAAUUUUCUUAGCGUGUAAUUACGUGACCGGAGGUAAGCCACUUUCCCUGAGGUGCAUCUGUUUGCCAACAUGAACGAUGAAGGGUUUGAACCUGAUCAGUGCGAGUGUCUCUUCCAGUUUAAAAAAGCUUUGGUUCAGGGGCCGGCGCCGUGGCUCACUAGGCUAAUCCUCCGCCUUGCGGCACCGGCACACCGGGUUCUAGUCCCAGUCGGGGCACCGAUCCUGUCCCGGUUGCCCCUCUUCCAGGCCAGCUCUCUGCUGUGGCCAGGGAGUGCAGUGGAGGAUGGCCCAAGUGCUUGGGCCCUGCACCCCAUGGGAGACCAGGAGAAGCACCUGGCUCCUGCCAUCGGAUCAGCGCGUUGCACCGGCCGCAGCGCGCCUACCGCAGCGGCCAUUGGAGGGUGAACCAACGGCAAAGGAAGACCUUUCUCUCUGUCUCUCUCUCUCACUGUCCACUCUGCCUGUCAAAAAAAAAAAGCUUUGGUUCACUCUCCCAAGUUCCAUUCAGUCAUAGGCCAAGUCAUGCCCACCCACCCUCUAAAUCAGGUGUACAUAGAUGUGUUUCUUUCCUAUGAUUCGGAAAAUAAUUGUGUUUUCCUAGGUAUCAUGUUCUAGUAUUAUUAAAUUAUUUUAGACUAAAGCCAUAGCUAGUAAUGAAUGUAUGGUAUGAUAUUAAAAUGGCAAUUUUGUAGCAGCUCAGAAUCCAGGGGUUAAUGCUGUAUGCCUAUGAUAUUAUUUGAGACGUGAUGCUGAAGUAAUAUGAUUAUUUAUCAAUAGCCACAGACACCAGUGCCUCAACUUUUUAUACAACUUUGAUGAUUUAAUUGAGAUCAAUAAACCUUUGCACAGUGCUUUUACAUGUGAUGAACUAGGAAGAAAUAAAGAAACAUUUGGUUUUAUUUGAAAUUGUUAUAUUUGUUGAAUUUAAUCUAUAUGGUUUAUAACCAAAGUGGGACAGUCUCAUAGCUGAAUUCGUUUAGACACAUCCACUCAGUCCCUGUGUUCCGUGCUAGAUGGGAUACAGCUACAGGUGAAGGAAAGGGCGUCCUGUCUAUAAAGAACCACAUCUGUUGGGCUCCCGGCGUGGUGCCUGGCACAGGGUGGGCAGGGAUCUGAGGCCUCACUGGUGUGUUCUCCCACCUUCCCCUCCCCUCAGCCAGGCUCACAGCGCUCUGAGGAAGAAGUGUGCUUCAGGAAGUGGCUGUGUGCAGUGUCAUUGUUGCUAACCGCAGAGGGCCCCUGAGCACCCAGCUGGUACAGUCAUUGCUCAGAGGUGAACAAAAAAAUCCUUUCUCCAGAGACCCAAUGGCCAAGUAUAUUUUUCUUUGGGACAACAAUGUUUUGCCUUAGAGAACCAUGAAAUAUAUUUUGUAUCGUCACCCAUUACGUAUAGACUCGUGCGUGUUGAAAUAAAAUGUUCAUAAAGUAA